AUGGGUGUAAAAAAACCUGCCACAAGACCUGCCUAUGAAUUCAAGCAAAUGCUUCGAGAUUCAACUCGGCAUAAAUCACAAAUCGCUGAACCUCGAAAAAUAAAGUCUAAAAGUAUAAAAAAACCAAAAUUUCUUGAAAUAACUUCAAAACUUCAACAUACUAUCAACAAUGAUAAUGAUGGUUUAGCAUCAACGAAGCAAAAAUUAAAGGCCGAUGAAUAUGAAGAAGAGGAGUCACAGACUGGAAAUGUUAAUAAAAAACAAAGUCUUUUCACAAAACAACAUAAUUUAAGAUCUAGGAAAAGAAUACCAGAAGUUUUGAAACCAAAACUUCAACCAUAUGAUGCUAUAGAAGUUAAGAAAUUAUCUAAAGAAUUCCCUGAUAAUUAUUGGCAAUUUCAUGCUAAUAGUGGUCAUGGAAUGAUAAAUUAUAUAAAUGAACAAAAUCCACUUGAAUUACUUGAUGUAAAAGCAACAGAUUACGGCCCUAUUAGUGGUAUGGUUCUUUCGCCUGAUGGCACAAUGCUCGCUUCAUUUAGUAAUUUUGGAGUUAUUAAAAUAUGGGAUACCACAGAAUUAACAAUGCUUCAAACAAUGAGAGAUACUGAAAUUUUUGAUGAAAAUGUACUGAUAAACUUGAAGGCUAUAAUUGAAGAAGUAUUAUCAAUUAAAAGUGUUACAUUUAAAGAAGAAAAUUAUUACAUAGGUUCAAGCCAAGAUGGAAAUUUAUUAAAUUACAUUAAAGAAAAAGAAUGCAUUGAUGAUGAAUCCGUUGGAGUACAAAUGGUGAUCGAUGAAGUAGAUAACAUUAAUUAUGAUGAAGAAAAUGGUCCAGCUUUAUAUGGUGAAUAUAGAAACUGGACUAGUGAAGAAAUAACAAUCUUCUUGAAAUACAAUUUAGAAUUGUGCUGA